AAAGCCGCCAUCUAGGUCAGGUCGAGCUCGAUCAACACACACUGACAAUCCCGUGGCACGCUUGCCGGGAUACGCAGGUAUUUAACACACAAUGUACCCACAUAUACCGCGGUACUCGUGGCCUUGGGCGAAGGUUGCUUACAAAAUGAUACCAGGGUUACUGACGAAACGAUAAUUUAAUCUGUCGGAAAAAACAGUUCUUGAUUUAGGCGCAAGGUGUUUCACCUCGCGCGUGAAUGGGUUGUUAUCAAAGACAUACGACAUGGGGAUUUGAUUGAGCUGCGAUCCAGCGACGUGAGAUGUGAUUUCCUUCUGCUGUGGUUACUAGUGCGGAACGCCGUAAUGUCAUGUAAGAAUAAAGCUGGAUCCGGGGUUAAUCUACCAUUCUGCUGACGAGUCACUCUACAUGUGGAAGGUGGGAGAUACAACGUGUUUAAUACCCCUCCCCAGCCUGUGAGUGCCGAGAUACUUGAUGUUGUCAGUAACUGUUGUGUAUUGAUUGAUUCGCCGAGGUUGUAAUAUCUGCGUGUGUUGUAAUGACAUGAUCUUACACCCGCCCACUGCUUGGUCUGAACGAGACAGAAUAUCACAGAACUGUCCAGUGAUCGGAUCUUCUCUAACCUCGUGCUGGAUUUGACAUGGACAGCUGAAAUCGACAAGUGUGAUAUCGGAGGUGUUGAUAUCGGCUUUAUUCCCGGAUUAUUAUGACAGCACAUUACGCACGUGCUGUGUGAGUGUGAUAUUGACACGCAUCUGAUUCAUGUACAUUGCUGUCACUCGGAUAUAGACGCGUUUCACCUGUGAUCUACAAGUCAUCUUUAUCCAGGUGUGAGUGAGGAGGAGCAGGAUGUCCCAGAAGAGGACCUUCACCGAGAUUCGGGACGACCUGGUACGGGCUCGGUCCUACUUCGUUGACCCGGAGUUUCCCCCGAACGAGAAGUCGCUAUACAAGAACGGCAGGGCCUCCCGGAAGUUCGGCAAGAUCGUGUGGAAGAGGCCGCUGGACAUCGCCAACAACCCUGUGUUUAUACUGAAUGAGGCACGCCGCCAUGACCUUGACCAAGGUUACUUGGGUAACUGCUGGUUCGUGGCUGGAGCAGCCAUCUUGGCGACCUCGCACCGGAAGCAGCUGGAGAGAGUAGUACCACGUGACCAGGGCUUCGGGAAUGACUAUGCUGGGAUCUUCCACUUCUAUUUCUGGUGGUACGGAGAGUACGAGGAGGUCAUCAUCGACGACUACCUCCCCACAGACGGCUACAGGCUCAUCUUCUGCCACAACAGGGAACGCACCAACGAGUUCUGGUCCGCCCUACUGGAGAAGGCAUACGCCAAACUCAGGGGAAGCUAUGAGGCUCUGGACGGAGGGAAGCUGCAGGACUCACUGGUGGAUUUUACCGGAGGAAUAUCGGAGGCCAUCGACAUCCGGGACAAGGCGAAAAUAGCGAAGAAUAUAUACGAGAUGCUGUACAACUCCUUCAAGAUGAACUCGAUGAUUGGAGGAAGCAUAUUCACUCACACUAUGCCAAUAGGGCGUCCACCCAAUGCAACAACCCCGGAGGUGCGCCUGUACAACGGUCUAUACAUGGGUCACGCGUACAGUAUAACAGGGUUCACGCAGUUAUCCUUUAAAGGUCGUGUUUGUCGCCUGGUCAGGCUCCGGAACCCCUGGGGAAGGAAAGAAUGGAAUGGAUCUUGGUCAGACAAGUCUCGGGAAAUCGCGUCUGUAUCCGAGGAAAUCAAGAAUGAUCUUCGUUUCCGGGCAAGGGACGAUGGCGAAUUCUGGAUUUCUAUAGAGGAUUUCCUUGCCAACUUUGACGAGAUCCAGCUCUGUCAUCUGCAGCCUGAUGCUCUCACUGACGAGGUCGCCAUAGACGAAAACAAGAACCACUGGAACGUGACGUUGUACCAUGACUCCUGGAUCAGGGGGGUGACUGCCGGAGGGUGUGGCAACCCGCCCAAUCAGAAUCUGUACUGGAAGAACCCUCAGUUCUUCGUGACUCUCCGUGAGUUUGACGACCGCCUGACGGACAAUGACUGCACGCUCAUCGUGUCUCUCAUGGAGAAGGAGAAGGGAGGGGAUGUCUCAAAAACAGCAAUAGGAUUUGAUGUCUACAGGUUAAACCUCCCGGACUUCCGCCCUCUAGACGGACAGAAGGCGCCCCGCAAUACUCUCCUCUUGACGAAACGCUCGGGGUCCUUCCAGUAUUACCGAGAAGUUUGUCGACGCUUUGAGCUGCCACCCGGGACUUACGUCAUAAUCCCGAGCACGUUUGAGCCUCACGAGGAGAGGAACUUCCUGCUUCGGCUAUUUACGGAAAAGAAGGCAGAAAGCGGAAUAAUGGACGAGGACCCCGGGCCGGCAACUCCAGUCCAGCCAGUGGAAGACACUACGGUCGAUUUAUUUGCUAAAUACUCCGGAGAAGAUGGGCGGAUGGACUCGAAAGAAUUGGCUGGCUUCCUGAAGGCAAUAUCGAAAACAGAGUUCACGGACGCGCUAAACUUCAGUAGCGAGGCGUGUCGCAGUCUUGUCAGUAUGAUGGAUCAAAACCAGACUGGGUUCGUCAACUUUGAAGAUGUGAAGAAAAUGUGGAAGGAGGUGAAGACGUACUCCGGCGUAUUCAGAAAGUUUGAUGCAGACAAGACAGGGAGCAUUGACACCUUGGAGCUGGGAUCCCUCUUCAACGCAUUAGGCUUCCCCCUGAGUCGCAGUGUUCUGACAGCCAUGGUGAGGCGGUACGGCGGCCGUGACAACCGCAUCAUCUUCGAAGACUUCGUCAUCGUCAUGUCCAAGCUUCUCCUCAUGUACGGUAUUUUCGUGAAGCACCAGAAAGGUCAGGGAAACAGGGAGGGCGUGGCCGAGUUCACCAGGAAUGAGUUUCUCAUGUACACGAUGUUCUGCUGAGAUGAAGGUGAAGGUCAUGAAGGAUGUGACGUCAUACUCAAUGCUGCAUUAUUGGUGCUGAUUCUACACUGUUUCAAAGACACUAGUUUAAUAUGAACUUAGAGUUAGUUCCCUAACACGGUAGUUGUCAUAGCAUUUAUCCACCAACUGAAUACAAGGAGCAACGGUUCAGUUAAAGUUAAUCAUAGAUUUUGAAUGUAAUCCGGUAGUCCCUAAUGUCACUAAAGAGGGACUAUGCUCGAUUAUGAGAUUUUGAAGGUAUUCCGGUAGUCCCGAAUGUCACUAAAGAGGGACUAUGCUCGAUUAUGUGAUACCCAUGUUCAGUCUCUGUCCAGACGUAAUAAGUGCUUGAGUGGUAGUAUCACAUUGUCUUUGUAUAAUUGGGGAAAGCAUGCGUAGCUUGUGGACAUCCUGUAAAAUGAGUUGGUAGACUCAAGGCUUCAGGAACUUGAUUGAGCUGCAAAUUUCCCGUGCCUUGUCCCCCUUUAACAUUAACGAAACAUGCUCAUUGUUGAAAGCGCUAUAUGUUGUCUCAGGUCAAUAUGGCCAUGGCUGGAACAUUAUUGUCUCUCGUUUUGUGUUUUAAGGGUUUCAGUGUUCAUUCAUUUCUCGAGUUUUGAAUACAAAAUACAAGUUGAAGUCGAUUUUCGACCAAAAGCGAAUGCGUUAAGUUGAAAAUGAAGAUUACAGAAAUGUACAUCAAAUAAUGUUCAAACAUACUGCCGCCUAACGCAGUAUUUAAGACAUAUGGAUAGUGGGCCAUGUCAGCUGGUGGAUAGUGGACAUGUCAGCUGUCGGAUGGUCGAGAUAUCACUUGAUGGAUAGUGAACAUAUCAGAUGGUGGAUAGUGGACAUAUCAGCUGGUGGAUAGUGAUACAUGUCAGCUGGUGGAUAGUGGACAUGUCAUCUGGUGGAUAGUGAGACAUUGUCAUCUGGUGGAUAGUGGACAUAACAGCUGGUGGAUAGUGAGACAUGUCAGCUGGUGGAUAGUGGACAUGUCAUCUGGUGGAUAGUGAGACAUUGUCAUCUGGUGGAUAGUGGACAUAACAGCUGGUGGAUAGUGAGACAUGUCAGUUGGAGGAUAGUGGACAAGUCAUCUGGUGGAUAGUGGACAUAGCAGCUGGUGGAUAGUGAGACAUGUCAGCUAGUGGAUAGUGGGCAUAGCAGCUGGUGGAUAGUGGACAUAGCAGCUGGUGGAUAGUGAGACAUGUCAGCUAAGUGAUAGUGGACAUAGCAGCUGGUGGAUAGUGGACAUCGCAGCUGGUGGAUAGUGAGACAUGUCAGCUGGUGGAUAUUGGACAUAAAAGCUAACGGAUAGUGAGACAUAGCAGAUAGUGGAUAGUGGACAUAGCAGCUGGUUGAUAGUGAGACAUGUCAGCUGGUGGAUAGUGAGACAUGUCAGCUGGUGGAUUGUGGACAUGUUAUCUGGUGGAUAGUGGACAUGUCAUCUGGUGGAUAGUGGACAUGUCAGCUGGUGGAUAUACACACGUGGGAAGCCCCAGGUUCGAGUCCCUACAUGGGUACAGUGUGUGGAGCCCAUUGUAGGCGCACCAACCGUGAUGCUGCUGAAAUAUUGCUGAUGGCGUCGUGAAUCCUAGAUCACUCAAUUACGUUUUACAUAAAUCAGGGGAUUGGGACCCACUACGACUGGCGGUGAAGUACACGGUGUUAAAAGGGCAUGAUGGUCCACUUGGAAAUCUUAAUUAUUAAAGUUACAGAAAAUAUUAUAAAUAGGAUAACAACUACCUAUUUAUCUUUUUAUGACUUGCCAGUUUUGAACAUAUGGUCAGGCACAAAAUUAUUGCCCAAAUGAACACUUCUGAUGAAUUUCAGAAGAAUAUAAAAAAGUGUUGGGAAGUUAUUAAAUAAUUCAGUUUCAGUUGAUCAAAAGAGACUUUAUAUCCCGAACCUUCUAAUUCUAUUGGCCAUUAUCGGUUCGCCCCGAUUAUUUUUCUAGGUUUGUCAGCAUCAUACCUGUGCUCAUGGGUUUCACCGAAGUAGUAAACGUCUGAGACCUGCAUCACUUCGGGCUUUCCUCCCACAUUAAGCUGAGACACCGCGAUACAACUGUAAUACUGUUAAAAGCGGCGUUAAACCCAACUCACUCACUCAUUCACUCAUACACUAUUGGCCAUUAUACGUGUUCUGUUGUAUAGAUGUGUGAUUGGAUAACUAAUAAAAGAGAGCACGUGUUUGAUACACCAGACACAGAUUGCCCGCUCGGCAGAAGUGUCACAGACACUCAUGGAUGACUCCUCAGGGCCACAGGGACUCACUGCCAUUUCGUGUUCAGUAUUGUUUUUGACAUAUUUACUAUACAGAUAUAUUUAUUUAGUGUCAUGUUCUACAACGUGUAGGUAUUUGUCCCCUCGGGCAACAUGUUCUUGGAGACAAUGAUCAUCACGUGGGUAUCAUACCAGUAAUACUUAUUCAUGUGCGCAGAUAUUGAUCUGACGAUAUAUCUGUAAAUGAUUGAAUUCAUUAUUAAAAGAGGAAUCGUC